UGUUGUUCUGCUUCUUACUUUGUUCCGAUGAUGAUAGAUGACAAAGAGACCGGUCUGGAUGCUUCAAAUUCUAGACGACCAUCAGCAACAACAUUUUCCAUGCUUCACUUGCUCUUGCGUCUCCUUUUAUUACUUUUACCGUCUUUCUUCUUCGUCUCUCCUUUCUCAGCUGCCUGCAACCAAGACGAUCAUGACUCUCUGUUCGCGUUUUACUCCAACUUAACGUUGUCACCAUCAUCUCCCUUGAAUUGGUCUACUUCUAAGGACUGCUGCUCUUGGGAAGGAAUAGAUUGUGAUACUUCUUCAGAUGAUGCUCGGGUCACCCAGCUUUGGCUACCCUCUAGAGGCCUAAGCGGUCAUCUGUCACCGUCUCUUGUAAACCUCACUCGUUUAACUCACCUUAAUCUCUCUCGCAAUCGGAUCAGCGGCUCUCUCCCUGCUGGGUUCUUUUCCUCCCUGAAUCAGCUCAAAGUUCUUGAUCUGAGCUUCAACAGUCUCAAUGGCCAACUGCCUCUGGAUUUCUUUUCAGAUAAUAAUAACAAUCUCAGCCCCAUCGAGGCGUUGGAUUUGUCCAGCAACCGCUUCUCUGGGACCAUCCAAUCGAAUUCAUUUCUUCAGGCAGCCCGGAAUUUGACUAUUUUCAAUGUGAGCAACAAUACCCUUACGGGCCAGGUUCCUUCCUCGAUCUGUCUCAACACUUCCCUCACCCUCUUGGAUUUAUCCUACAACAAACUUAAUGGUGAAAUUCGCCUUGGACUUGGAAAGUGUUCCAAGCUGCAUUUUCGUGCGGGUUAUAAUAAUCUCUCUGGCACACUCCCUGAUGAUGUUUACACGGUUACCUCACUUCAACAACUGUCUUUACCGCUAAAUCACCUUUCCGGGCGAAUCAAAAGCGCCAUUGUCCAACUAACCCAACUCACCAUCCUUGAGCUCUCUUCUAAUGAAUUUGGGGGGCCCAUUCCAAAAGACAUCGGUCAGCUUUCCAAGUUGGAACGCCUGCUCCUUCACGUCAACAACUUCACUGGUUCUCUGCCACCAUCUCUCAUGAAUUGCACCAGUCUCAUCACUUUAAAUUUGCGGGUCAACCGGCUGGAAGGAGACCUCUCCGCCUUUAAUUUCUCCACUCUCCUACGCCUAAACACUCUUGACCUUGGCAACAAUAACUUUACAGGUACCUUGCCUUUAAGCCUUUAUUCUUGCAAGUCACUAACUGCAGUGAGACUGGCUAGUAACCAGCUAGAGGGACAGAUCCCCGCCAUACUUGCACUGCAAUCUUUAUCAUUCCUUUCAAUUUCCACUAAUAAUCUAACCAAUUUUACUGGGGCAAUAAGUAUUUUGAUGGGCUGCAAGAACCUUACUACUAUUCUCUCUAAGAACUUCAUGAAUGAAGCAAUACCCAAUGAUGAAAAUAUAGUAGGAGAAGAGGGCUUAAAUCUCCAGAUUUUGGGCCUAGGAGGUUGCAACUUCACUGGUCAAGUCCCCAACUGGCUAGCCAAUCUGAAGAAUCUAGAGGUGCUGGACCUGUCCCAAAAUAGGAUCACUGGUUUAAUUCCCAGUUGGUUCGGCAGCCUAAGAAACCUUUUCUACAUAGACUUGUCUGAUAACUUAAUUUCAGGAGAAUUUCCCAAGGAGCUCACAAGCUUAUGGGCAUUGGCAACGCAAGAGUCUAAUGAUGAAGUAGAUAGAAGUUACCUGGAGCUGCCUGUGUUUGUCUUGCCUUAUAAUGCUACCAGUCAGCAGCUGUAUAACCAACUCUCUAGCCUUCCACCAGCUAUCUAUCUGAGAAACAACAACCUCAGUGGCAACAUCCCUGAGGCGAUUGGUCAAUUGAAAUUUCUUCAUGAGUUAGAUCUCAGUCAGAAUGACUUCUCUGGCAGCAUUCCAGAUCAAGUAUCAAAUCUCACAAACUUGGAAAAAUUGGAUCUCUCUGACAACCGGCUUUCUGGCCAAAUUCCUGCAUCAUUAAGAGGCCUUCACUUUUUGUCUUCAUUCAGUGUGGCAUAUAACGAUCUUCAAGGACCAAUACCAUCUGGAGGUCAGUUUGAUACUUUUACCAGCUCCAGUUUUGAAGGGAAUCCAGGUUUGUGUGGUUCAAUUUUGCAGCGCAGUUGCCCCAAUGCAGCGGGAAUAGCUCAUUCUACCACCACUCCAAAAAGCUUAAACACAAAACUUAUCAUUGUGCUUGUCGUUGGCAUCUGUUUUGGCACUGGUUUGGUUAUUACUUUGCUAGCAUUGUGGAUAUUGUCCAAGAGAAGGAUUAUUCCAGGGGGAGAUACUGAUAAGAUUGAACUAGAUACAUUUUCCGGCAACUCUUUUUCUGGAGUUCCUCCACGGACUGACAAGGAUGCUAGCCUCGUUAUGUUGUUCCCAAACAAAACCAAUGAAGUCAAGGAUCUCACCAUAUUUGAACUGUUGAAAGCCACUGAUAAUUUCAAUCAAGAAAACAUCAUUGGCUGUGGGGGUUUUGGGUUGGUUUACAAAGCAAUAUUAGCAGAUGGGACCAAACUGGCAGUUAAGAAGCUCUCAGGAGAUUUUGGCCUGAUGGAAAGGGAAUUCAAAGCCGAGGUAGAGGCUCUAUCAACAGCUCAACAUGAAAACUUGGUGUCCCUGCAAGGCUAUUGCCAUGAAGGAUUUCGGCUACUAAUAUAUUCCUACAUGGAGAAUGGAAGUCUGGACUACUGGUUACAUGAGAAAGCAGAUGGUCCAUCCCAAUUAGAUUGGCCAACUCGACUAAAGAUUGCUAGGGGAGCAAGUAUUGGCCUGGCUUACAUGCAUCAGAUAUGUGAGCCACACAUUGUUCACCGAGACAUCAAGUCAAGCAACAUCCUUCUUGAUGACAAGUUUGAGGCACAUGUUGCAGAUUUUGGAUUGUCACGAUUGAUUCUUCCUUAUCACACUCAUGUUACAACUGAGCUUGUUGGUACCUUGGGUUAUAUUCCUCCAGAGUAUGGGCAAGCAUGGGUAGCCACUUUGAGGGGGGAUGUGUACAGUUUUGGGGUUGUCAUGCUUGAGCUACUCACUGGUAAAAGACCUGUGGAUAUGUCUAGGCCAAAAACAGCAAGAGAAUUAGUUGCCUGGGUGCAGAAAAUGAGGAGCGAGGGAAAGCAAGAUGAAGUAUUCGAUCCUCUCCUAAAAGAAAAGGGUUCUUAUGAAGAGAUGCUGCAGGUGCUGGAUGUGGCCUGUCUGUGCAUCAACCAAAAUCCUUUCAAGAGGCCAACUAUCAAGGAAAUUGUUGAUUGGCUGAAGAAUGUAGGAACAACCAUCAGCAACCAAAAUAAGGAUUAGUGAAAAGUGCCCUUCAGCACUUCUUAAGAAACAGAUACGUACACUUGCACAAAAUGUCUGAGUUUAUUACCUUCAUUUUAUUUUACCCAUGUAAAUGAAAUUUACUCAAUCACACUUCUUCAGCUGUACAAAAGAAGAAAUCACAUUUAAGUAGGGACUAUUGUUGUAAGGUUGCGGCUGUAACAUUUUGUCAGAUAGGUCUGCUGAGAAACCAGUGCUUGUACAUUAAAAAAAAAUUUCCUAGCUUCGGCAUCUAUAAUGCAAAUACCACCUAGUUUUGGUCACUGAAUUUAAGUUGUUAAAACUUUGCCUUCAAGUGAAUUUACUAUUGUAAUGUCACUCACUUUCAAUAUCUACCAGACAAAAGUCAAAUACAACUGUUGCCUGUAUUAGACCAUCAUAUAUGAUUUUUAGGAGUGGUUAAAACAC